UUUCAUAUUUACUAUCAUAUUAUGACAUUUCAAGAAGAUACGUUGGUGAACACUGUCCUUGCUGCUAUUCAGGACCAACUAUCCUCAGCAGAAAAACCAACUUCCUACCUCCAACAACAUGCACAACAUACCUUACAGUUCUUUCAAGCGAUUGACUGGUCACAACACUGGUUAAUAGGACUUUUGACCUUUCAUAUACUUUGUUUCAUUCUGGUGAUCCUUCUUCGUCAUCGACAUACGGCUCUUUCAUGCUACUUUUUUGUACUAUUGGGCUUGGCAGCACUGACUCAACCGUUGAAUCAAGCAGGCGCGAUAUACUGGGAACAAUUUGCAGAGGCUAAUUAUUUCGAUGAUUCUGGUCUAUUUAUCGUCUCACUAUAUGCUUUUCCUUUGAUCUUCAAUGGCUUCUUCUGUUUGGUAUUUAUACUCAAAGCAUCUUUCAAGUUGAUGGUGGAAAUGAAGCGUCGACAACUGCAACAAAAGGCCAAGAAAUCAAAGAAGGAAUGAUAUUUUGUAUUGGACUGGAUUGUAUAGGAUAAUACUGCAUUGAUUGGACUGGAACUAUUGGAAUAUCGAAAUGAUGGUGUGUAUUGAUUAGGUUGUAUAAUUAUUAACAAUAGUGGAUUUAGUGUUUUUAGUUUAUCUCAUCAUUUUCUCC